AUGCAGGGCAGCACCGUGGCAGCCUCUCUCUCUCUCUCUCCCGUCCCUUUCCUUCUCCCCCCCCCGCCAUGCAUACAGUCUCGCGGUGGGGACCCAGCCCCCGAACAUCCGGAGACAACGUCACCGUCGCGCGUCCCCCCACGUGCUAAGCGCCGCAAGGGGAAGUCAGUCAGCCGCUCGCCCAAGCCGCAUGCUAACACCGCGAAACAGCGCGCCAUUUCGAUCGACUCUGGGUCAAGCUCAGACGACUCAGAUGGGUCUCCUCCUCCAACCAAACCGAAGAUGUCAAAAACCGACAGGAAGGGCGGAGGCGGCAUCAAGAAGCGUGGCAUGACUGCGAAGGAGGUCCGCGUUCAAUUUGACAAGACAUACAUGGGCUGGACGCACGAGGAUAUUCUCGAGGAUGUGAUGAAGAGCUGGGGCACUGAGAAGCCUGGCACAGUCUACGCUCACUUCAAGCUGCCCCCCGAGAUCGUCGACGAUAAGCGGAACCCUGGACGCAAGACGUAUCGCUUCAAGUGCAAACUUCCAACGCACGGUUGUAUGGUCACGCGCGAUCGUGCGCGAUCGGGCGUGAUCACUGGGCGCGAUCUGGGUGAGAGCAAUUUGGCUGCGCUCAAGCCUUUCAUGAAGUGUCGUCUUCCCAAGGACACAAAAGACGCUCUCAAGGAGAAAAGCGCAAAGAAGUCCCGCCAACAUGUGCGCGUCCUCGAGGAGGAUGAUCUGGAGGAUGAGCCGUAUGACGCGGAGGCAGAGGCAGGGAGUGACGACGAGUUGUCAGACAUCUCCGUCAACUCUGACUCUGAGGAAGACGACGAAGAGCCUGACACCGCACGUGAGGAGGCUGACGCGGAUGAGCUUGAAGAGCUCUUCGCCCGCAUUCUGGACGAUGAGACUGCCGCUAUUCUUGGCGAGCUGUACACCCUCCUCGCGGCAGGCUGGAUCGAUUCGUGGAUCGUCGAGGCUCGACGUCUCGUUAUGCACGCCUGGACGACUUACUACAAGCCUACUGAAGCCCCUGCGGUAGCCGUGCCAUCGCGUGAUGAGUCUCCGGAGCCUGGCGCUCUCAGCCUUACUGCCCAGACCGACGCGCUCAUUGAUCAGGUACGCAUUGUCCUCACAGUCCACUUCUGCCUCCUAUGUGCUAUCUGA